CAAUCAUUCAGUCAUCACCCAGCAUUCCAAAUCCGCUAACAUAUACCGUCUUUGAAUUAUAUAACAAAAGUCUAGCUUUUCUAUCUCAAUAUGUCUGAUUCAUUCCCUCGCCGGCGCAUCGUCAUUUCAAAUCUCGAUCUCGACUCAUCCAAUGAUGGAGCCAAGACCGAACCUGGAGUUGAGGUAGUUACCGAUAGCUUGGUGACAGAAAACAUGUUCGACGGUCAAUUGCAGAGAAUCACGAUUGGGACCGUCUCGGCAGUACCUGCCAGCAAUGAAGGACGAGGUCUGCCAGCCUUUGCUGAUGUCCCUGGAAGUGGAAUAGUCCUGCCAGGUGGAGUGAACAUUUACUUCUUGGACUUGGCCCCUGGAUUCACUACUCCGAUGCAUCGGACCCCAUCAGUCGACUACGUUGCAGUCAGCCAGGGAACACCUACGCUUAUUACACCGAAGACUGCUUUCAGUGCCGAGGAUGGCAAGGCUGACUACGAAGAGACUAUCGAAAGCCUACUUCGACCAGGGGAUGUUGCCGUUCAACGCGGGGUCAUGCACUCUUGGGCGAACAGAACUGACGAGUGGGUUCGCAUGAUCGGCAUGGUCAUCGACGCAAAGCCCUCCGAAGUUGUGAUGGAUGGAAAUCGAUUGGAGCUCGGCGAGAAAUGGCUUCAGUGAGCACCUCAAUCGCAUAGUCAAUGUCUUUGAGAAUAGAGAGUCUCGAUGCAUGAUGUGAGGUGAGCUGAGAUGGCAGAUGUAAUGUCGAGGUAGUAGAGAGGGGACAAGCUUUUGAGCAUUCGCGAACAACAAUACGCGCCUGAAGAAAGUAUCGAUUUAAACGUC